AUGACAUUCCCGACGAUGAUUUGGAGUCAGAAACGUCCUGCAUGGCUAGAGGCUAUUUUGGAACUUGCGAAGCCAAUUCUUCCUGCAGUUGUAAAUACAGUUCUUUUAGCUGCUAAAUCGGGAGCAACCAUGUAUCAAGCAAUGUCCAUUAUUAUUGGUUGCUUCAUACAAAUGUGGAUUUGUGUAUGUCCCAAACUUUCAGUGGUUGCAAAUCUUCUCCAAGAAGCUUUGGAUCCUGGCGUAAAUCCAUUAGGGGGUUCAGUCUUAUUACAAAUAGUAAUAACUGCGUUAUACUCAAAACUAUUAGAAAUGCAAAUAGAGAGUGACAUAAAUACAGUGACGACUAUCGCUGAAGGAGUAUGCAGUAUUGACGAAGAUGAUAAGCACACCGAGGAAAUAGCUGAAUUACUUAAGCAAGCAGACUUACAUCUGGAAAGUUGCAAGCAUUUUAAUUUUGAAUUCUUUACAAAGAUUGAAGAAGGGUAUCAAAUGAGAGAAGUUCUCCACCGUAGUGAAAGUCCAUAUAGGCAACAAAUGAACCGUCUCCGUCAAAGAAAAAUCAAGGAAAGUUCAAGGCCCCUCCAGGUACUGAAAGAUGUUUUGACCAUCUUCUAA